AUGUUUGAUAUGUGGAGCUCUGUCACCUCCAAACUAGAAGCUCAAACACAGAUUCAAACGAAUAUUCAACAAACCCAACUACAAAACUCAUCGAGUGGAUCAAUCAAAGUUAUGAGGGUUGUUUUCUAUUGUAAAUCUCCAUUAAUGUCUCCAAAGGUGUGGCCCAUUACGAGUAUUAGCCAUAAAAGUUCCACAUAG